UAUUUGGAUACAGAAUCUUUGCCUCAUAGCCUACUGGUUUACAUUACAGUGGGUGUGUUCUGGGUCUGCUGCCAAAAAUCAUUUGGCUAGGCUACUUCUUUAUAUUCAGAAAAAAUGCACAUUUACGUUUGAACUUUUUUUAUUAUGCUAUGCAUAUUAAGCUAUCAGAGGUAGGCUGUUAGAAAUUGAUCCCCUUCAGGCCAAAGACGCGUCAUGAAUAGCUGUAUCUUAUCUUCCCUUUAUAGACUUACCUCUCAAACCUGGACUUGACUUUUGUCGGAUGUUUGUUUUCGUCAAAGAGUUCAAGAUGUCCACGUUAACGCUGCUCCUAUCUUGUCUGCUUUUCAAAGAGGUUCUUGCACUGUCAGGAAACUUCUGGCAUAUCACGGAUCUGCACUGGGACCCAACAUACAAACUGACCGAUAAUCCUGAACUUGUGUGCGCAUCAAGCGGCAAACGACCUGCAGCCAAUGCAGGGAAAUUUGGAGACUAUGCUUGUGACUCGCCAUGGCACCUUAUAAACUCCUCUGUAUAUGCCAUGAAGGAUAUUCUACCAGACCCGGACUUCAUCGUAUGGACAGGAGAUGACACACCACAUGUACCCAAUGAGGAUCUGGGAGAAGAAGCAGUGCUCCACAUUAUCAGCAACCUUACCCACAUGAUACGUCAGGUGUUUCCAAACACUACAGUGUACUCUGCUCUGGGCAACCAUGACUACCACCCUAAGAGCCAGCUUCCUGCAGCCCCAAGCUACAUCUAUGACAAAAUAGCAGAAAUGUGGCAGGACUGGUUGGAUCCAAAGUCCAGAAAAACAUUUAAAAAAGGUGGAUAUUAUACAGAAAAGCUGCUGAAUCGAACAGGUUUCAGGAUGCUGGUCCUCAACACUAAUCUCUACUAUAACCAGAACAAAAUGACCCAGGACAUAGAUGACCCAGCGGGCCAGUUUAGCUGGGCGGACCAGGUUCUUACAGAGGCCACCAACAACAAAGAAAAGGUGUACAUCAUUGGUCAUGUUCCCCCAGGUUCCUUUGAGAAGAAGAGAAGUAAGUCGUGGUUCACACCUAAAUUCAACCAGCAAUACUUGGAUUUAAUUCAGAAGCAUCAUUCGGUCAUACUUGGACAAUUCUUUGGCCAUCAUCAUACUGAUAGCUUCCGAAUGUUCUACAACUCAGAGGACUCUCCUAUCAGUACGAUGUUCCUUAGCCCAGGUGUCACACCGUGGAAAACAACACUUCCUGGAGUAAUAGAUGGAGGCAACAACCCUGGGAUUCGUGUCUUUGAAUAUAACACCCAAACACUCCUGGUCAAAGAUGUAGUGACCUAUUAUCUGAACCUGACUCACGCUAAUGCAGCCCGCGGACGCUGGGAGAAGGAGUAUCGCCUCACAGAGAGCUUCAGAGUACCAGACGCCUCCCCAGCCUCCAUGCAUCAGGUUCUGGAGCGCAUUGCUAAAGACCACUGCUACCUACAGAAGUACUUUGAGUUUAACUCUGUCAGCUAUGACCUGACGGUGUGUGACAGUGACUGCCGUGUUGACCACGUGUGUGCAGCCAAAGAAGUAGCUUUUGACAGGUAUGAACACUGUCUGGUAAAAGAAGGGGCAGCUGCCAUGUAUGGUGGGUUGCUGCCGGUCCUCUCUGUGGCUGUAAGUCUGGUGUUGGCCAAUCGGUAAUGAUCAUCUAUAUCACAGAUUAUGUUUAAAAUAUAUUAUUAAAGCUUCAGUGAGUCGUUGGAUAGAAAAACUGAAAUUCAACAUCAAGAGCAUUGUGAUAAUGUAAAUGCUUGUUUUAAAUGACAAUAUUUAACAGUCAUGUUUUAAUUAUAUGACAUCUAUAAUUAAAGUGAGUCACGCACUAGAUGUACUUAAGCAGGGAAAAAACAACCUUUGGCUUCAGCAAUCUUUGGUGUGGCCUCUUUACCUUGGUUUAUUGGUACUGGUUGAAUAUUUAAUUUCCAGUCAGUAGAAAAACUAUGCGGUAUUCAUGUGGCUCAAGAGGCGGAAACAACCAUUCAACUAUGAUGAUAUAUCAUAUGAAUGAUCAAAAUCUACUGUAUAUCUCAAUAAAACCAGAAAUGGCGAAGAAAA